CAGCCUCUUCCUCCGUCCUCCUACGGGCGCGGGAGUGGUUGUCUUGGUUACGGGUCUUAACGGUCCCCAAUCUGAAAUUCCUUCUGGGGGAGCUGCAACCUGAGUUUCUGUUUGGGGGACACUUUCAGCUCCUUGAAGAGGCGGCGGUAGUGGCUGGUCCAGCCUUGGACGUGGAGUAGUUGAAUCUUUCCAGAAAAUUGAAAUUGAAUUGGAGAAGAAAACUGAGCCAUAAAAAAAAAAAAUAUGUCUCGAAAAAUUGCCAGGGCAUCAAAAAAAGUGAACAUCUCUAGCUCUCUGGAAUCUGAAGAUAUUAGUUUAGAAACAACAGUUCCUACGGAUGAUAUUUCAUCAUCAGAAGAGCGAGAUGGUAAAAUCAAAAUCACCCAGCAACUAAUUGAACGCAAGGAAUUACUUCAUAAUAUUCAGUUACUGAAAAUAGAGCUGUCCCAGAAAAAUAUGAUGAUAGACAACUUGAAAGUGGAUUAUCUUACGAAGAUUGAAGAAUUAGAAGAGAAACUUAAUGAUGCACUUCACCAGAAGCAGCUACUAACAUUGAGAUUAGACAAUCAAUUGACUUUUCAACAAAAGGAUGCCAGAAAAUAUCAAGAACUAAUGAAACAAGAAAUGGAAACUAUUUUAUUGAGACAGAAGCAACUAGAAGAGACAAAUACUCAGCUAAGAGAGAAGGCGGGAGAUAUUCGCCGAAACUUGCGUGACCUUGAAUUGACAGAAGAGCAAUAUGUGAAACUAAAAGAUUUUCCUGAAGACCAGCUUUCUAUUCCUGAAUAUGUAUCUCUUAGGUUCUAUGAACUAGUGAAUCCAUUAAGAAAGGAAAUCUCUGAACUGCAAGUGAAAAAGCAUGAACUAUCAGAAGAAUUAAGUGAAAACAAAGGCCACUUGAAACAACUAACAGAGACUUAUGAGGAAGAUCGAAGAAAUUACUCCAACCUUCAAAUUAGAUGUCAACGUUUGGCUUUAGAAUUAGCAGACACAAAACAGUUAGUUCAGCAAGGGGAUUACCGUCAAGAAAACUAUGAUAGAGUCAAAAGUGAGCGUGAUGCACUUGAACAGGAAGUAAUUGAGUUACGGAGAAAAUAUGAAAUACUUGAAGCCUCUCACAUAACUCAAGCUAAAGAAAGAAGUGAAUUAUCAAAAGAGGUAACCACCUUACAGCAGACUGUUACUUUGCUGCAAAAAGAUAAAGACUAUCUCAAUCGCCAAAACAUGGAGCUUAGUGUUCGCUGUGCCCAUGAAGAAGGUCGCCUUGAAAGACUUCAGGUUCAACUUGAAGAAGCCAAAAAGGCUAGAGAAGAGAUGUAUGAAAAAUAUGUAACAUCCAGAGAUCAUUAUAAAACAGAAUAUGAAAAUAAGCUACAUAAUGAAUUGGAACAAAUCAGGUUGAAAACUAAUCAAGAAAUUGAUCAACUUCGAAGUGCCUCUCAGGAAAUGUAUGAACGGGAAAACAGAAAUCUCCGAGAAGCGAGGGACAAUGCUGUGGCAGAAAAGGACCGAGCAGUGAUGGCUGAAAAGGAUGCUUUAGAAAAACACGAUCAGCUCUUGGACAGGUACAGAGAACUGCAACUUAGUACAGAAAGCAAAGUAACAGAAUAUCUCUAUCAGAGUAAAUUAAAAUCUUUUGAAAGUGAGCGUGUUCAACUUAUCCAAGAGGAAACUGCAAGAAAUCUCACACAGUGUCAGUUGGAAUGUGAAAAAUAUCAGAAAAAAAUAGAGGUUUUAACUAAAGAAUUUUAUAGUCUCCAAGCCUCUUCUGAAAAACGCAUUACUGAACUUCAAUCACAGAACUCUGAGCAUCAGGCAAGGCUGGACAUUUAUGAGAAAUUGGAAAAAGAGCUCGAUGAAAUAAUAAUGCAAACUGCAGAAAUUGAAAAUGAAGAUGAGGCGGAAAGGGUUCUUUUUUCCUAUGGCUAUGGUGCUAAUGUUCCCACAACAGCCAAAAGACGACUAAAGCAAAGUGUCCACUUGGCAAGAAGAGUGCUUCAGUUAGAAAAACAAAACUCGUUGGUUUUAAAAGACCUGGAACAUCAAAAGGAGCAAGUAACACAGCUUUCACAAGAGCUUAACAGGGCCAAUUCUCUGUUAAACCAGACUCAACAGCCUUACAGAUACCUCAUUGAAUCAGUGCGUCAGAGAGAUUCUAAGAUUGAUUCCCUGAAGGAGUGUAUUACACAACUUGAGAAGGAUGUCAGCAAUUUAAAUAAAGAAAAGUCAGCUCUACUACAGAUGAAGAACCAAAUGGCAUUAGAUUUAGAACAACUUCUAAACCAUCGUGAGGAAUUGGCAGUAAUGAAACAGAUUGUCACCAAUAUGCGUAGUAAGCAUUCUGAGGACCAGUUACUUCUUACUAAAACAGAUGCAAAAAAUAUGACAGAGAAUCAUAAAUCAAAGACUUUAAAUGUGCCUAGAGGACACGAAGACAAUAUAUUUAUACCCAAACCAACACUCUUUACCAAAAAAGAAGCACCAGAGUGGUCUAAGAAAGAAAAGAUGAAGACCUAGUGUUUUGGACGGAUUUGCUCAAUCAUUAUUACUCCUGAAGUUCUUUCUCUGAUGAACAAAAAGUUUGUCAUAAUCAUGUACUUGGUGUUUUUUUAAAUGACCAAAGUUUAUUUUAACUGAAUGUUAAAUUAACAGAUUUUAGCAGGAUAAUCAAAAUGUAUGAAGAGCAAACAACAGUACACUUUGUAUUUGGUUUUAUCUGUUUUGUUACAAAAUAAAUAUAUACUCUUCUGAUUUAAA